AUGCCUCGGUUUUCUUCGACUUUUCUGGGGCUAUGUGUUCAAGACGCAGAUACAACGGAACCCUCACCACGUGCCUCCCACUUUGAGAUGUGUUUUUGCAGGUGCUUAUCAUCACAACACAUGGCGGAUGGAGCACAAGCAACCAUUUACGCCCUGCACCAAACUUGGUGGACGGAGUCGCCACACUUUGACUCCUCCACAAAGCCCACACGUGAGCAAACCUUACUUUUGGCAACCAAAGAGAAAGUGUCACGAGAAGCCUUGCUUUUGGACGACGCGAAUCCAAAACGCCGCUCGACACUUUUGUACAUGCAACUAGACACGCCAACCGUGAGGAGACAAGAGAGAAAAUGGCAAAAACCUCGGAGCGAGGAGGUGUCACGCACACUUUGUCACUUUGAAAAUUUUCCAAGUAAAAAAAUGUCGCGUGUAACCCUUUCCGAUGCUAUUAUGGGAGACAGGAAACACUCGGGUUGGGAGGGACGAAUCGAAGCGACAAGGGCUGAAUCUCACUGGAUCGUGGCAGCAAGGCCACUCUGCCACUUUCAAUACCCCAUCCUGUAUUUAAGUCAUCUACAAAGGAUUUUACUCGCCGCUCAAUGGGAAUUGCGUUUCAAAGUGUCCCGCAAGGCUCAUCCAUCUUACGGGGUACACCAACAACAUGUGCCUCUGGGGGACCAAGGCCCCCUACUGCUGGUCGGCAAACGAACGGCGGGCGCACGCAUCACUUCUAGCCCGGAUUCUGACUUAGAGGCAUUCAGUCAUAAUCCAACGCACAGUAGCUUCGCGCCACUGGCUUUUCAACCAAGUGCGAUGACCAAUUGUGCAAAUCAACGGUUCCUCUCGUACUAG